AUGGACAUUGCUGACGCCCAGCCACCCGCAAGGGCUUCCAGCGACCCCUACUUUGAUUUAGGGACAUUCGGUCGCAAAGUCAGCACCAAUUCCCAGGAAGCCCAGGUCUGGUUUAACAGGGCACUUGUCUGGACAUAUUGCUUUAAUCAUGAUGAGGCAAUCACUUGCUACAAGCAAGCAAUUGCGCAUGACGAGAACUGCGCCAUGGCCUAUUGGGGAAUAUCCUUUUGCUCAGGCUCCAAUUACAACAAGACAUGGGCGCUGUUCGAUCAAAGAGAUCGACUCAAUGCGAUCAAGCAGUGUUUUAUAUUUUCCCAAGAAGCGUUGAGGCGGACAAGCAAUGCAUCAGAUUGGGAGCAGGCGCUCAUCAAGGCUCUUGCAGAACGUUACCCCAACGAUGAUCCAAGUAGGGACCUUGCCGGAUGUAGCCGAGCGUACGCCGAUGCUAUGAGAGAGGUAUAUAAUAAUUUCGGUCGCGAAGAUUUUGACAUUAUCACACUCUUCGCCGAUGCAUUGAUGAAUUGUGCUCCACGAAAGUUAUACGAUGCCUCCACGGGGCUCCCGAUAGCAUCGUCCCCAGUUUUCGAAGUGAAAGAUCUGCUUGAUCGCACUCUGAAGAUGCCAAAAGUCGAACUCCAUCCUGGUCCCGCGCACAUGUAUAUCCACUUGAUGGAAAUGUCGGCGACCCCCGAGGCUGCGCUGCCGGCAGCAGAGAUGAUCCGGGACAUCUUCCCUGAUACAGGCCACACUUUCCACAUGCCUGCUCAUAUUGAUGUUCUUGUGGGUGAUUAUCGUCGAGCAGUGGAAUACAAUCUGAAAGCGACCCUCGCAGAUGACAGAUACUUUGAACAGAAUGGCGGCUUGACAUUCUACAGUUACUAUCGUCUACACGACUAUCACUCUCUCAUCUACGCUGCGAUGCUUGGUGGGAAAUCUAAGGCGGCUUUUUCAGCGACGGAUCGAAUGGAGGCGACUAUCACGGAAGAAAUCCUCCGGGUCGAAACGCCUGCACUUGCAAACUGGAUGGAAUUUUUCAAGGCCGUCAGAGUCCAUGUGCUCAUUCGCUUUGGGAUGUGGGAAGAACUCAAGAAGCUCGAACCACUCGAAGAUAAAGAUCUCUAUUGUGUCACGAAUGUUAUGAGGCAUUAUGGAAAGGCCAUCGCCUAUGCAGCCACGUCUCAGCUCGAGGAAGCCGACAAAGAACGAGAACUUUUCAAAGCCACUUCUAGGCUUGUUCCUCCCACACGGCUUGAUUUCCCCAACAAAAUCACCGACAUUCUCAAAGUUGCAUCUGCUAUGUUGGAUGGCGAAAUUGGGUAUAGAAAGGGCGAUUAUGACGAAGCAUUUUCCAAAUUACGGGAAGCAAUUACUCUGGAAGACGAGCUACCUUUCGCAGAGCCAUGGGGGUGGAUGCUUCCAGCUCGGCAUCCAUAUGCAGCCCUCUCAUUGGAACAGGGCAGAGUUGAACAGGCUGCACAGGCCUAUGCUGAAGAUUUGGGGUUGACUCCAACACCCAAACGUGCCCAUCAACACCCGAAUAACGUUUGGGCUUUGCAUGGCUACCACGAGUGCCUUGACCUUUUAGGUCGCCAUGCGGAGGCAAACAUUAUCAACAAACAACUUUCUCUUGCUCUUGUGGAGGCAGACGUUGAAAUCACAUCUUCAUGCUUUUGCCGGCUUGGAAAAUUGCCUUCUUGUGGAAAGCCUGAAGUGAAUGGUUGCCACAGUGUGGGUGCAAUGUGUAAAGGUUAG